AUGGAAGCACGAGAAGACGAAGCUGAAGGAGCCGAUAUCCUAAUGGUGAAACCAGCACUCCCUUCACUGGAUAUCAUACGUUUAUUGAAGAACCAAACUCUGUUGCCAAUUGGAGCUUGCCAAGUUUCAGGUGAGUACUCCAUGAUCAAAGCCGCCGGAUAUCUCAAUAUGAUUGAUGAGAAAAAGGUUAUGAUAGAAUCAUUGAUCUGCUUACGUCGAGCUGGUGCAGAUCUCAUUAUUACUUACUUUGCUCUUGAAGCUGCUACAAUAUUACGCGGAGAGUAG